CAACUAAAUCAAACAAAGUUAGACUUAGCGUGCCACGUGAAUUCAGUGGAAUGAACUUUGCUGGGUUGCUACCUAAACUCAUUUCUGUUACGUAACUCGCCUGGUGUACAAUACUGUCCUUCUUUCCCCUCCUUCUCCCCUAGGCUUGGUUAUGGCAAUGCAGUAUCAAUUCGUACCACCAAAUGAGGGCGAUUUUUCCGAAGACUAUGAUGUCAUCACCAAUGAAGAGAUUGAAGAGAUUAAGGAUGCUCUUGAAGAAGGGAGAAUGGACAAAGCCGUUGCCAAGAUUAUGGAAAACCUUCAGUCCUUGGAGGAUACCUGCUUGAACAUAGCAGUGACGGGAGAAUCUGGCUCGGGGAAGUCCUCCUUUGUCAAUGCCAUCCGAGGGCUAGGAGAUCAGGAAGACACUUCUGCUCCCACUGGGGUGGUGGAGACCACAGAGAAGCCCACACCUUACCCACACCCCAAGUACCCCAAUGUCACCCUGUGGGAUCUACCUGGAAUUGGAACGCCAACAUUCCGCCCCAGCACUUACCUGCGGCAGGUUCACUUCUCCCGCUACGACUUCUUCAUCCUCAUCGCCUCAGAGCGGUUCAAGGCCAGCCAUGUCCAGCUGGCAAAGGCAAUCUCUCAGGUGGGGAAGAAAUUCUAUUUUGUGCGCUCCAAAGUGGAUGCAGACCUGGAGGCCAGCAGAAAACGCCGGCCGCAAACUUACAAUGAAGAGGCUAUACUGGGACAGAUGCGAGAAAAUUGCCAGAAGUGCUUACGGGAUGAGAAUAUGCCCGAUUCCGAAGUCUUCCUUGUCUGCAACUGGGAGCUAAAUAAAUACGACUUUGUGAUGCUGCAGGAAACCUUGGAUAAGGAAUUGCCAAGCCAUAAGAGACAUGCUUUUCUCCUGGCACUGCCCAACAUGUCUCUGGACAUCCUGCAGAAAAAGAAGAUGGCUUUACGGGCAGAGAUCUGGAAGGUGGCGAUGGUCUCGGCUGGAGCGGCUGCUGUCCCUAUUCCAGGCCUCGGGGUAGCCUGUGAUGUAGCCCUCCUGAUCAAAAACCUCUCAAAAUACCUCAAGAGUUUUGGUCUGGAUAGGGACUCUCUUGUCAGGUUGGCUAAGAAGGCCAACAAACCUGUGGAGGAGAUCACAGAGGUCAUACAGUCGCCUUUAGCUAAAGAGAUCUCCAAAGAUUUAGUUCUAAAGCUGCUCACCAAAGCUGGCGGCGGGGCACUCAUGUUUAUGGAGUAUUUUGUCAGCCCGAUACCCGUCCUUGGUUCCGUGGCAGCUGGAGGGAUCUCCUUCGCUACCACAUUCUACAUGCUCAAGAGCUGCCUGGAUGAGGUGGCCAAUGAUGCUCAACAGGUUUUCCUCAAGGCUUUUGAAUCUGAGCUCUGAAGGAAGUUAGACCAUGCGUGACCCGUCAAAACCGCGGUCCACUAAAGCGCGCCCGAUUAAAGCGCGUACAUGACAUCAGCAGCAGCGCAACAAAUACGACCAUGGGAAAAAAAGGGCGCUUU